AAAAGAAAAAGAAAAUAGGAAUAAUAAAAAGCACGCAAUAUUCUCUCUUUGAGUACGUGCUUGUCUGUGUCAGUUUCUAGGUGUGUGCGUCUUUCUCGGGUUUUUCACACUGCGUCUGGCGACAAUUCGCAUAUAAUAAUAAUAAUAAUAAUAACAGUAAUAUUUAUAUAUAUAAAGCAAUGGCAUAUCACCUUCCCCAAUUGUAUAACGCACGAUAGAAAAAAAAACAAAUAAACAAAUAAAAAUAAAGAGCAAAACGGAGCAAGCAAAUUAAGAAAUCAUCAACAAAUAAAAAGAAAAACAAAAACAAAAACGAGUCUCAAAAAAAAAAGCGCGCUGCUCCACAAAUGGCAAACUCUGCCCGGCGCUGUCGUCAUCUCUGUCGUCUGCGUCUGAACCACCAGCUGCCACUGUUGCAGCAGUUGCAGUUGCAGCACUCACAAUUACAGUUACCGUGGUGAAAUUGUGGAGCUGAACCGGCCACACAAUGCCUAGUGCCCACUACCAAGCACUCGCAGUCGAACCGCAAGCAUCAGACGACAACGACAACGACGAGGAGGAGCUCGUUGUCCACUGGGCAGCCAAUCUGCAACCGUCCAGCAGUAGUCAUAAUCACGCACGCUACCACAAACAGCUUGCAACGUCCAGCGGGUGGGAGGAUAGGCUGCCGACCCCUGGGCGUGGGAUGGCGCCACGAUUGAGCAGACGGCGCUAUUGGAUGCUGCUCGUUGUGCCCCUCUUCAUUGUCUGCUAUUUCGUGUUCAGUUCACCGCUGCUGCUGGGCCAGGCUGGCGGCGACGGGGACGAUGAUGAUGCGAAUAAUUUUGAACCGCACAACGGCAUAGGUAAGCGGCGGCAUCAAGAACAAAUCUUAGAGCUGAGGGAGUUCCUUCAAGACCAUUCAUUCAAAUCUGGAAUCUUAUAUGGUACAACUGCACACGCUCUGAAUGAGCCGCUUCUCAUAUGCAGCGAUAGCAGUGACGAUCAUCGUCUCUAUAUACAAGAUAAGCCGCGGAUUGCCUAUGCCCAGCUGCCUAUUAUUUAUUUCGUAACACCAACUUAUCCCAGACGCGAGCAAAUACCGGAACUGACGCGUCUGGCGUACACGCUGCUCCAUGUGCCUCGUCUCCAUUGGCUGGUGGCCAAUGAUCAGGAGAAAUGUGAUACGUUUCUGGAUACACUGCUGAGUGGAUUUGGCAUACCAUUUACACAUAUGGCAAGUCCGAUGCCCAGUAAAUUUCGUAAAUCGAAGCCUGCGCCAAGAGGUGUGGCAAAUCGGCGGGCAGCUCUGCUUUGGCUGCAACAACAUAAUCUCACAAAUGGUGUACUGUAUUUUGGUGAUGAUGACAAUACUUAUGAUCUGAGACUGUUCUCGGAAAUAAGGCAGACACAGCGUGUCUCCAUGUUUCCCGUUGGACUGAUAGCUGACUAUGCUGUCAGCGGCCCGGUAGUGCGAGAUGGUAAAGUUGUGGCCUUUUUGGACUCUUGGGUGGCUGGUCGACGUUGGCCCGUUGACAUGGCUGGAUUUGCCGUGAACCUGGCCUACAUGUCACAGUAUCCCAAUGUAAAUAUGCCGUACAAGCCGGGCUACGAGGAGGAUCUAUUUCUGCGUAGCAUUGGACUACGUAUCGAUCAAAUUGAGCCAAGGGGCAAUAACUGUACUGAUAUUCUCGUCUGGCACACGCAGACCAAAAGCAAAAAGUCCCCGGUUGUGAAUGUGGAAAGCAAAUACCUUGAUGGGCGCUCCAACCUGGGUCCGCUCUUUCGAUCGCUUAAGCUGAUGGGCGUGGCUAGUGCCUCGGAUACUGCAGGUCAUGCUGCAGUGAUAAGCAAGAAUGGCAAGGGAAGGUCGCACUCAUAUUUCCUAAGCUGAGUUGGUAAUGGAGGUAGUGGAAAAGCCUGGGAAUACUUAUGUUAACACAAUAUUUGAUUCAUAUGGUUCAAUGAUGCAGCACAAAUGUUUUCGUGGAGUUUUUGAAUAGCAUCCGUAAAUUGUACAUUUAGAGAUAUGUUUGUGUAUGUGCCAGGUUUACAAACUUUUUACAAUGGCACAAUUAAAUUAGGCCUGGUUUCAAUCUCUUUUAUUUUACUGCAUAUUAAAUUAUUUUGUAAUUUAAAUAUUCUUGUCCCUGGUUCUCAUAUUUAUAAUAAUUAUAUCAAUAUUGUUAAUUAGUUCUAGUUAUUCGUAUAUGUUUUGCAUUGUGAUAAGCUCGCUUAUGUUUAUCGAAUAUUCCUUAUAGACUAUGGUAUUAUAUCAUAUACAAAGCAAAGACAAUUUUGAGACCCAAUUUAGUUAGAUUUAUUAUUAUGCUGCAGCUAGGUUGUAUAUGUUGCUUCAAAAGCUUCAAAAUAUGUAAUUACAAAUACGACUGCAGUGUGAAUAUCAUUUGCUAAGCAACAAAUAUCUGAAAAAUUAUUAGUGUAGUUUAAAGAAACUCAUCAACUACAAAAUAAUACUUACACAACAAAACCCAAGAUAUAUUAUAUGUAAAAAUAGCUUCGAAGUGAAGUGUUUUAGAUCGCUUUUAAUGAGUACACAAAAUAAUAUCAUUAUAAUUAGAAAGAAUGGCGCUCAUUAUUGAAAACUUGUGUGAAAACUGCUUAUCAUAUCAUAUAAUAAGUUGUCAUUUCAGUGGAAGUUGAAUUCCAUUUGCUUGUUGUUUAAUAAAUAUUAUGUGUAAGAACAUUUUAAAAAUGCGGACAUAACAACGAAUACUAGUUUUUAAAAUUAAUUAUAUAUAUUUUUUGCAGAGUCCAACACAUAUCGUAAAUCGUUUGAUUGAGUCGUUGUAGGCUGAAAUGUUCUGUAAAAAAUAUGAUAUUGUGUAGUUAGAAGCUAAGGAAAAGCGGCCAUCAGUUAUCCUGUUCAUACUCUUAAGUAUAUUACUAUGUAAGAACAAAGAUCAGCUUUAUUUUUAAUACAUAAUAAACAUCUCAUAAGCAUUAAAUGUGGCACACAAUUGAACAGUUGGACUAAAAUCAGGGAGCAUUGUUAAACGAGCAUUUCAAUAAUGAGCAAAGAUUAAGCGAUAAGCGAUAUUAUUUUUUAACUGACAAAUAUGGUAUACUAAACGUAUAUAGCUUUUAAUCGAAUACAACAAUUUAAUAAACACAUAAAGUACUAGUUUUGUAUUGCUUUCUCUGAA